ACCAAUAUUCGGUUAGACAUCAUGGAGGCAGGUGCACUUUUCCUGCUGCUGUCCGCAUUAUUGGGGACUGCUUUGGCUCAAAGCUUUUAUGGAGACAGCAUCAGUUUCAUGCCUCCACAGAAGAAGAACAAUGGGACAUUUAGGGUAACCUUCUAUCACAGACAAAAUGGAAGGAGCAGCUGUCAAGACCAGUCGUCCUUCACAUGUGAGGGAGGGGUCUGCACGAGCUUUGAUAAGUCGAACGUCCUGCAAACGGAUCAGGAUGACACAGGCAGAUGGUGCCAGUCUGAAGGGCACACAACAGCAACCGUGUCAACGAAUAAAACCUCCUUUUCUCUGAGGGGCACAGGCUGCUGUUGGGCGUCUAAUGUCAACGGGAAAACAAACUGGACGACUCAUGCAGAGUUGGACCUGGGAACUCGAUCUGACUCACACGCCCUCAACAGCUGUCCAGUGACAACAACUGUGUCUUCUUUAAGGGUGCCUCAGAACUGUUUUUCAAGGAUUCGUCUUCUGGCCCAUGAUCCAGAUGGAGAUAACGUGAGAUGCCGCUUCAGUUCAGACGCUCCAGUUCCCUCGAACUUCACUCUGGACAAUACUACAUGCACACUGACGAGUACAGGUCAAAUCAGUGUUGGUGUGCAGGUGUUUGAGGUGAUGCUGGAGGACUUCUCUGCCACAAACAUCACUUUGACCUAUGCAGAUGGAACAUCGGCAUCUCGGCAAGUGUCCGACACAAACUUACCACCUCUCUGCAAAGUCAAGCUCCAGUUCUCAGUGGAGGUCCUUCCUCCAAUACAGAGGUGUGAAGCUGGUCACGUGCAGCCCAUGUUCUUAUCAAAGACUCCUUCACAUGGUGAUGUUCUUCAUGCCACCGUGGGUCAGACGUUCCAGCUUUAUGCCCAAGCUCAGGCUCACCAUGCCAGCAUAUACGACUUCCAGGUCAGCGGCCCUCAGAAUAUGAGCAAAGUGUUCAGAGAUGCUAAUUCAGGAAUAGCUGAAGUCACUGUGAGCUGGACACCACAGCAGAGCGAUCUGUACAGAUUUGUCCCAGUCUGCUUCACUGCAGAGACAAAUGAAUCCCAGUCAGAGAUGAGGUGUGUUGUUGUCAUGGUGACCCAAGCAUCUAUCAUUCAAGGCAAGGCGACUGUUGAAUGCUCCCCCAAUAAGAUGAAGGUGGCCCUCGACAAAGCCUCCAUGCCGGACAUCGACGAGAACUUCCUGAAGCUGAGCGACCCGUCCUGCUCUCUCACCUCCAACAACACUCACAUCACGGGCAGCAUGUCGUUCAGCACCUGUGGCACCAAAGUUGAGGAUAAAGGCGACUUCAUCGUUUUCAAGAAUGAGAUCAACUCCUUCGAGUUGCCCAACGAGAUUAUAACCAGGAGGAGGACAGUGAAGAUCGGUUUCUCUUGCAAGUUUCCCAAAGCCAUCAGUAUCUCCAGUUUCUACAACCUCCACAAGUCAGACUACAUUUUCACUGAGUCCAGCUUUGGCAGCUUCGGCUAUACGUUUGAGAUAUACCGUGAUGGCAACUUCACAAAUAAAGUGGACGCCAGCGCCUAUCCAGUGGAGGUCAAACUGCUGCAGAAGAUCUUCAUGGGCAUUGAAGCUAAAUCUGAGCUUCCAAACGUGAAGCUGUUUGUGGAAUCAUGCAAAGCCACUCCUGACGACAACCCUGAAAACAUCCUCUCCUAUGACAUCAUCAAGAACGGGUGUCUAGAAGAUGAGACGGUUCAAGUCCACCCAUCUAACCAGACUUCGUUCAACUUUGAGGUUCAAGCCUUCAAAUUUACCGGAAACUAUGACCAGGUGUACAUCACCUGCUCCGUCAUCCUGUGCAAGCCUGACAGUCCCUUUUCCAGAUGUGCCCAGGGCUGUCUGAAGAAUCCAUCCCGCAGACGCAGGCGAGGGCUGGGCAGGGAGACGGUCAGCCACGAAAUUACCCAGGGUCCUUUGCAGUUUGUCGGGCCAGCUGUUCCCAAAGCAGCCGAUCAUGAUAAUGUUGUGAUGAAAAAGAGUGAGGAGCGCCUUUCAGUGAGUCCUCCCCCAGUUUCUCCAGACACCAAAUCAAGUGAAGGAGGUUGGAACAUCAAGCAGGUCCUAAACAGCAACAUCAGCACUGCGGUCUUCGCCUGCGCCUUCCUAGUAUCAGUGGUGUUCAUGGCUGUGAUUGUUUGUUACUUCAGCAAGAAGAGAAAAGAAGAAGACCGCAAUGCUCUUAUAGAUUCAGACUUGGAGAACUAAACCCAGCUAAUCUCAGUUUUACACAGUAUUUUGGUUGUUCAUUAUUAAAGGAGUGGUGGGCAUUUUUUUAGAGGUCUGUCUUCAAAUAAUACUCACAUUCACUGACCACUCCUCCUGUUUGUACCUGCCAUUAAAGGUCCCAUAUUGUAUAAAGGUAGUUUUCCAUGUCUUUUUUGAUUAUAAGGCAUUAUUAGUCAGCCAAUUAAAAGGGACGCUCAGAGCCUGUCUUCUGAGGAUUAUUUUAAUGGCUAGUAUGAACAGGAGUAAUGAUUACAGCAAGCAAAACCUGCUUCAUUGUUCAUAUUAACAAUUGUGAACUUGUCCUUUAAAGAGAUUUUCUUUUGAGGCUCAUCAUAAUCCUCCUGAUGGGAUGUUCCAGGUUGGUGGGAGGGUGGUCUAAGAUGUGUAAUGCAUUCCUGGAUCAUCACUGUCUCUGUCUCUCUACACUUGUCCAAAGGCACAAGCCAUAAAAAUAAUGAAGUACAUAGUUGGUGUAUUGCACCAUACACAAAGAAACCAAUGGAUGCUCUUCUGAAAAUGUUUUGGUUUCUAUUUGUGAUUGUUCCAAUACCUCACCUCCACUUACAAUAACUGGUUUCAGACUAGCCAGAGAAUUUCUACUGUUAUGAAAACAAAAUUCCACUCAGUCUGGUCUUGCAGGAUUUUUGUUGUUUUGUUUUGCAAACACAUACCCAGCAAUUAUCUUCAGGGGUUUGCUAGGUAAGAUGGACAGUAAUAGCUGAGGAUUUGGGCCUUUUGUGUUUGGCUUUGUUAACAGUGCACUAACCUAUAACCUGUAACCUGUAACCUGGGUGUUUCUAAUGCAGUCAUAAUUGGUAAUAAAAUAUAGGCUUGUCUAA